GCGUGAGUGAGUGUGUUGUACCUGUACGGAAGAUGUGCGUCGGGGGAAUAAGUGUAAAACAGUGACCGUCAAAAUGUGAAUUGCGCCACAAAUGGCGCUCCGGUUCUUGGGUGACUAGAUUGCAAGCUUUCGCGUACCGGGCUCUCGGUUGGUGUUGACAACUUUUUUUCCUGCCUGCUGAACGUGAUACUAAUCUAUCGUUGCUCGGCCGACUCGGCGAACUGACGGUGACGGAUGUGAUCGUAGUAGGCAUAACGACAUUUCCACGUGCGUUUGUGUGAGUGCCGCCCCAGGUCGAGAGAACCAUAAUGGCGGAAAAUAUUGUGUAAUUUUCAGUUAUGGUGUCAUUUCCCGGUUUGAAAAGUCGGUGAAAUUUCGUUUGUUUUCGGUCAAAACACGUGCAAAAGAGAAUCUAAGGUGGCAUUUUUGUGAAAAUCGAUGCAGUUGUGUACCUUUGAAAUUGAAGAAGCAUCGAAAUCUAGUGCUUUUGAUUUUGGAGAAUAGAUCCUGUUGGUGAGCUGGCACUACGCAAAGGAGCUUAUGCGUAUAGCUGUUCUACAAGGAAGAUUUGAUCCAAUUGCUCCGAAAAUAGUUUAGUUAUUCCGUUAUAAGCAUGUGCUUUAAUUUUUACUACAGUUAUUUUAUUUUCAAUUGAUUUCAAUCAGUGCGAUUGAAACACAUCCAACGUAUUGUGAAUCGAAAAGUUACUGGAAAACCAAUAAAGUGCUGUAACUAAAAAAAUCCUUCAUGCGAGGGUAACAGGUGUAUUUUCUCAACCGAAGUGCCGUGGAAAGCGGAAAACGCAAGAGAAUAUCCAACAACAAGUGAAUUGUUCCUGUAGCGCGCAGAAAAGAAGAAAGUCUGGUGACGCAACUCUGGCUUCCUGCUCAAACAAAACCCGGAGAUGGCGAUGCAGUGUGCUUGGUGAAACUUGUGCUUACGGUACAUACCUCUCUACCUCCCAACCAGGGCCGGGGGUGAUUCGACGAGCAACAGAUGCCGACGACAACGAAGUCAACGACGACGACAGAACCGACUGCAAACAACUCGGUUUGUUAUAAUCUUCGUCAAGGUAGUCAACGAAAUUUUACACCAUACUAGUUGAAAACUUCGCAUCAAAAGCCGACAACUCAAAAGCAUGACCAAUAAAGCCAGACUUCGCAGCUGCAAGGAACUGUGUAAUCCGAACUUUUUCUGCAACGUAACUUAAACUCUGGAACUGAACUUUCCUAUUGAUAGACGUCAAUUUAAAAAAGUGAGUGAAGUUGCAAUCAACUUCACGUUAAAUUAUUGUUAGAAGGAGUGUCAAGUAGUAUAAGGUAACAGAAUUCAAACCGACCGAAGAAGGAAACUGAAUGUGAUAUUAAUUAGUGUCUAAGUCAGUAGCAUAAUAUCAAAGAACGUGGUUUAGCUUUUUAUGAAACUUUGUGAUUGAUAAUAACGAGCUUCUAUACAGUUUGGUAAUCGUUACAUAAAACAACAUUAUCAUCAUAGAUUACCAAACUCUACCAAACAUGGAAGAUGAUCCCGAUGAUAAGGAUGACACCAAGAGGAAGUCCCGCAACCUCAGCGAGAAGAAGCGUCGCGAUCAGUUCAACCUGCUGGUCAACGAGCUCAGCUCGAUGGUGUCGUCCAAUAGCCGCAAAAUGGACAAGAGCACCGUGCUCAAGUCGACGAUUGCAUUUCUGAAGAGCCACAACGAGAUAGCGGUCAGGUCCAGGGUGCACGAAAUCCAGACCGACUGGAAGCCUUCCUUUUUGUCCAACGAAGAGUUCACGCAUCUGAUUCUGGAAGCUCUGGAUGGAUUCAUCAUAGUGUUUUCGUCGACGGGUCGGGUGUUCUACGCAUCGGAGAGUAUUACAUCACUGCUGGGUCAUCUGCCUAGUGACUUGCUGAACAUGACCGUGUACGAUAUGGUGUACGAGGACGAUCAGAACGAUCUGUACAACAUUCUGCUGAAUCCGGCGGCUGUGGUGGAUCCGCUUCAGACGGGGAUCUCCCGCGAAAAUCAGGUUACCUUUUCGUGCUACAUUAAACGUGGUACGUCUGACUACCGGACGGAGGUUUCGUACGAGUUGGUUCAAUUCACCGGGUACUUCAGAAGUGACGUGGAUGCGGAUUCUCUGAUGACCACAUCGCGGUUUAGCGGCUACAUGACUGAUGCCGAUACGAGGCUGAUCUUCGUGGGGACUGGUAGAUUGCAGACUCCGCAGUUAAUUCGAGAAAUGUCGAUAGUGGAUAGCUCCAAAAGCGAAUUUACUUCUCGACAUAGCUUGGAGUGGAAGUUUCUCUUUCUGGACCAUCGGGCACCUCCCAUAAUUGGUUAUCUACCAUUCGAAGUGUUGGGCACUUCUGGGUAUGAUUACUAUCAUUUUGAUGAUCUGGAAAAGGUAGUUUCGUGUCAUGAAGCUUUAAUGCAAAAAGGUGAGGGAACGUCGUGCUUCUACAGGUUUCUGACCAAAGGUCAGCAGUGGAUUUGGCUGCAAACUCGCUUCUACAUCACCUACCAUCAGUGGAAUUCGAAACCAGAGUUUGUGGUGUGUACGCAUCGAGUCGUGAGCUACGCCGAUGUAAUGAAACAGAUGCGCAACCAGGCCGGUGGCGAGGGCAAGUUCUCCGAAGACACGGAUAGCGUUAGUGUAGGCGUUGAGCGGAAGUUCCAACCGAGUUCGUCUCAAAGCCUACUGGCAACAUCUCCGUGGAGUUCGAAGAGUUCUCGCACUUCGCGGAUCGCGCCAACUCCGGGAGGAUCACCUACGGGAGCACCACCGAGAAGGCAUCGGUACAACACUUAUCAGGGUCCUGGAUCCGAUUCGGCAACUUCGAUGUCAGCGGAAUCACAUGUCAGUCGGCAAUCGAUGAUGACGCAGCACAGCUCAAAAUCACGAGUCCGUUCCAACACAUUCCACUCGAAGCCUUCCUCCCAAGAUGGAAGCAGCCAGCAUGCGGCAGCUCAUUUCAUACUACAACAACAGAUGAUGCCGAAUCCUCAACAACCAUCUCCAGAGUCUCUACAACAGAUGCUGGCAACUACCCAGCACCAGAUUCGGCCACCUCCAGCCGCUGCUAUAAUUACCCCACCUGUUACUCAAAUCAUCAGCCCGGCUGGAUUCAUCGAACCGCAACAGUAUUUGGCAGCUAUUCCGGUGCAACCAGUAGCCGGGUUUCCACCGGAUUCGUCAGCCGGUGUUCUAUCUCCAAUUCCACCGACAUCCCCUGCGGCGUACGCGGUUCAUCCAAGCGUUCCCUCUGCAGCCGGAAGUGUUGUACUAACUCCCGCGCAGAACCAGGUCCAAGACCAGCUACAACGGAAGCACGAAGAACUGCAACAUCUGAUCAUGCAUCAGCAAGAAGAACUUCGAAGAGUUCAAGAGCAAUUGCUGAUGGCACGAUACGGUCUAUUGCCUUCCAUUGUAACUCUUCCGUUCACAUCCGCAUCCAGCAGUAGCAUCGAUAUUAGUAGUAGAUGCAGUAGCAGUACAUCCUAUCUUCAACAUCACCAGUCACCUCACAGUAGUCAACAGUUUCCAACGCACCCUAGUCUAGUGAAUCAGCCGCAAAACAUAAUGAACCCUCAGCCUCAACCACAACUCGACCAGCACAUACCCAUGCAACAGGAUCAGAAACCGAUCUUCCAUCCCAACCAGCAACUCAAUUUCACCGACACCGGACAACCGAAGCUUCCCGGAGACUCCAGCAAUGAAGUCGUUUCCUACAUGCAGCUAACUCCCGUCCCAAUCCAUCACCUGCAGCAACAAUCACAGUCCUCGCAGCAGCACCAACAAAACCAACACCAAAUGCAAAAUCCUCCGACAAUGAAUCUUCCGGGCCCCAGCAACAACAGCAUGGAACUGCUGCAGUACCAAAUGGCCGAAGAACAAGCGCAAACAUUGUUCACUUCGGGCAUGGAGCAGCAGCAACAGCAACAGCAGCACCUUCCUCAAUCGCAACAACAUCAUCACUACCAUCAGCAGCAGCAGCAGCAACAACAACAGCAAAUGCAUAAUCAGCAUUCGCUUCAGCACCAUCAUCAUCAACAACAACAACAGCAGCAGCAACAUCACCAUUCACAGCAUCAUCAUUCGCAUGGCUCUUCGCUGGGGUCACCCGGUGGAUCUACCCGAAGUCAUCACUCCAGGAGUGAUAUGUAGCUUUAUCGUUGGUAGGUAAUUGAAAAAAAAAGACAGGGACAUGAGUGAUCCUGACUGAAGUGUGAGCUAUAACUCUUAUUGAGCUGAUCGUGAAAAUGGAAGCAAAAUGUGAUAUUUGCAUUGUUUGAUAUUUCUGAAUAAUUGGAGAAAAGCGUAUACUCUUACUACAACGUUUUAAGAUUUACCCACGAUUUUCAACAAACAAAAAACUUUUUUUCUCAAGUAAUACAUAACGGAAGAUUUUCUGAAAAUGUCUACGGAAUAUUUUCCAUGAACUAACUAAAGUUCUUUCAAAAAAUUACAAUUCAGCUUCUCGAACUGUUUUUUUUUUCAAGAACGUUUCCAUUUUUUUUCCCUAAGAAUCAUUUGAAAAGUCUCCACUGUGGAUAACUUACCUCUUAGUGGUAGUCGAAAUACACGUAUCUGCCAAAGGAUAGGCAUUAGAGGACGGAAUUGAAAGGUAUAAAACUGAAAACACUAUCUCAGGUUCAAUACAAUGCCACUUUGCUACAUGAGAAGAUCGAAUCGAACCAUUGAAUACGUUUUUAGAUCAUGAAUUGUGAUGGUACAGGAAAAAAUCGCAGUAUUCUAGACGUAUUUUCAUGCAAUGGUCAUUUUUACGGAUGUUCCGGAUCAUCCGAUGGGCCCAUAAGUGGCCACUCUGGUCCAUCCACUCCCUAUCAAACCAUUGACUCCGACAUCAGAUCAAGAUUUGUAAUGGUAAAAGAAAAUAAACCAUCGCGUUUCAGACGAAUGUUUAUGUGGCAUGCCAAAUUUUCCGAAUAUACCGAAACCGGUUGCGAUAAGGAAAAAGAAGGACUUUCUAGAACCAUAUGCUGCUACAGAGUGAGUAUACGAAUUUCCACUAGUAUUUAUUUCAUUCAAACAAAUUACUUGCUAAGAGCAAAAAACCUGGAAUUUUCUUAUGAAUACCUCCAGGGACACCUUCAAAAAUUCUUCAAGCAACUUCUCCAGAAUUGUCGUCUUUCUGAAUUCUUCUAAGGACGUCUUGUGGGGUACCGAAGGUGAUUGUUUCGGGGCUUCCUCCAGAAUUUCCAUUAAAAAUUCCUCUAGGGAUUUCACCAGACAUUCUUCCGGGAUCUUUUCCUGGGAUAUCUUUAGAGGUUUUUUCAGUAAUUGUUCCAGGAGUUUUUUUUGAGGGUUUCUUCAGGGAUUUCCAAAGGAAUUUCACCAGAGAUCCUUUCCUCUAUUUCUACAGGUAUUCUUUCAAUGAUUUCUUCAGGGGUUUCUCCAUAUUGUCCUUCAAAAAUUCCCCAAGAGAUUGCUACAACAAUUCCAUCUGGAAUCAAUCGAAGUAUUUCUGCAGGAAUUUCUUCCAGGAAUAAUUUAGAAAAUUUUACCAGAGAUUAUUUAAUUCGUUCAGAAAUUACUGCCGACAAAUUCCUCAUAGGAUCGCUUCCGGGUUUUUUCAUGGCCUUUGUUCAGGUAUAUCUUUAAGGAUUUUCCAGUGAUUCACUCGAAAAUUCCUUCGGUGAUUCUUUCAGGAACAACUCCAUUUUAAAAAAUCUUUCAGGAACUCCUCCAGGAACUGUUUAGUAAUUCACUUAAGAAUUCCCCUUGGGACUGCUUCCAGGAUUUCUCCUGUUUUUUUUUUUCAGGAAUUCCUUCAGGAACUGUUACAGGGAUUCCUUCAGGACUUUCUCCACGAAUUCUUCUUAGGAAUCCUUCGGGAUUUUUCCAAGAAUUAUUUCUGCGAUUUCUCCAGGGAUUGCUACUAUUGGGAUUCCCUCAGGAACUCCUCCUGGGAUUUCUUCACCUGGGACCUGAGAUCGUAUCCCACUCCCGACAAACUUAAAAAAUGGGAGUUUUUCCUUCGGAAGGUAAGUAAAACGUGGGUCUCGAGAUGAACUAGCCUAGGGCUAAAAAUCUCGUUAAUGCAGAUAGAAAAAAAAGUUCUUCUUGGGAUUCAUCAAGAAAUUCCUCAAGAUUAUCCUCCAGAAAUUCUUCAAGGGAUUCCUGUGAGUAUUCCUGCAGGGACUCAUUCUGGAAUUUCUCCAGGAAUUCCUUAAGAAAUUCCUCCAGGGAUUCCUCCAGAAAUUUCUAUAGAAAUUCUUUCAGGAAAUCUUAAAGAGAUUUCUUCAGUUAUUUCUCCAGCGAUUCAUCCAGGAUUUCUUCAAGAGAUUCCAUUGGGAAUAUCUGCAGGGAUUCCGGCUAACGACUCCUCCAGAAAUAUUUCUAGUAAUUGCUCUAGGAAUUCUUCAAAAAAUCUUCAGACAUUUCUCCAGAAAUUCCUCUAGGGAUUGCUUCAGGAAUUCCUCCAGGAAUUCAUUCAGGUAUUUCUCCAGGAAUUCUUCCACGGAUUGGUCCAGGAAUAUCUCCAGGGAAUCAUCCAGGAAUUAUUUUUAGUAUACAAGAAAUCGUCCAGAAAAUUCUUCAGGGAUUUCUCCAGAAAUUUCACCUGAUUUAUUUUUUGAAAUUCCUCCAGAUAUUCCUGCAGGAUUUUCCGACAAUUUCUUCAGGAAUUCCUUUAGUGAUUUCUCCAAGAAUUCCUCCAUAAUUUAAGAAACCUAUAAUUUAAGAAACCCUCCCAUUCAUCAGAAUUUCUACAGGAAUACUUGAAGAUUGAAAUGGAAUGCAUACAGGAGCCAAGAAAUUCCCCAAGGAAUCGGCAAGGAAUUCUUUUGCAAUUACCUCCAAGCAAUCUCUUAGGAGUUCUUCCCCACGGAUUCUUUCAGGAUAAAUUUCUUCAUGAAUACCCCCUCAAUAGGUCGGAUCCAAAGGCACGUUUUCCUCCAUUUGGUAAAUAUGUGCCAUCAAAUACCCCCUGCAGCUCAUGCAAAGAACUCUUUCACAAAUUCACCCUGAGAUUCUUUCAGGAAUAUAUCCUGAGAUUUUUUAUUUUCUCCAAAAAACCCUUCAAGAAGUUAUUCAUUGAUUUUUCAGGAACUUCCAGAAAUUCCCCUGGAUUUUUUCCAGGGGUGUUUUGAAGGUGUUGCCUUAGGAAGUUCUGCGGGGAUUCCUCCAAAAAUUUGUUGAGAGACUCCCUAUGAAUUUCCCCCGGGAAUGCCUCAAGGAAUUCCAAGAAUUGUGUUGGGACUUAUCCUAAGAUUUCUUCAGGUAUUUAACCCGGGAGCGGUCGCGUCGUGUACUGAGUACAAGAAUCAUGAAAAAUGCACGCUUUUUUAUACACAGCGGGAGCAUGGUGUCGCUGAAAGUGGUCAAAGACGCGACUGCUCGAGGGUUAACCAGGGAUCUCCUUCCGAAUUUUAUUUAGGGAUUUCUUCAGCAAUUUCUUUUGAAACUUUCCAAGAAGUUGCAUAAAAUGUUCCAGGGAUUCCUUCAGAUAUCCCUGCAGCAGUUUCUUCUGGACUCCAUCAGGUAAUCUUACAAUAAAUCCUCCAACCAAGAUUCUUCCAAGCAACACAAAUGUCACAGAAGAAUCGCGGCAGCGCAUGUUUUGGUUGCACAGAAGUCACUGUGACUUACUGUAAACAUAUAAGUACUUACAUGCUAGAAGCGUUCUCAAACAUUUCUCCAAGGAAUUCACCCUGGGAUGACUCUUUUGGAAUUCUGCCAGAGUUUCCUCCCUGAAUUUCUUUAGGAAAUGCAUCAGGAAUUCCUUCAUAAAUUCCUCCAGACAUUUCUUUUCGAAUACAUUUUAGCGAAUUUCAGUUUUUUUAGAAUUCCAUUAUAUGAGAGUUUUUGGGAAAUACGUCAAGGAAAUUCUUCAGAGUGUGUAUUGGGAUUUCGUCCGGGUGCCGGUGUCGCGCGCUUUUGCUUCGUUGGUUCGAUUCUUUUUCUAUUCGGUAGUGAGCAUUUCGACGGCGGCGGGCCCAGCGUGCAUCAGUGUGUGAUGGGAUUUCGUCCGGGUGCCGGUGUCGCGCGCUUUUGCUUCGGUCAUUCGAUUUUUCUUUUUCCCUAUUCGGGAAUGAGCAUUUCGUUGUGUCGCGUCUUUUGUAGCAAUACUGAACGAUCACCUGACGUGGGUGAUCGAUUGUUUGCUUUCCGAGUGAAGCGAAUAAUAGCGUGUUAGAUUGCAUAUUAAGCGACCACCUGAUGCGGGUGGUCGAUUGUUUGCUUUCCGCGUAAAGCAAGCAAUAGCGCGGCAACCAGCAUGACACGAAGGUCAUAUUACUUAUCAAAGUGAAUCCAGACCCAACGAUACAUUUCCUACUAACAAACACUCCUUCCUGCAGCCUUUGGUGGAGUCGCAGCGGUAAACGCGGGCCUUCACUUAACAAAGGUUGUUACUAAUAUUCCUUCCCUCUUCCAACCUGACUGCAAGGACGUGGCCGGCGCCGUUAUUGUACCGUUAAAGAGAGUCUCUGAAGCGUGCACAGUGAGAAUAUAGACCACUCCCAGUCAAUUAUUCAGUUGAUUCAUUGUGCAACUGUCAUUGAUUCGGGUCAAUCACGGAAUAGCAACCAUAGAUGUGUGCAGUCAGUCUAAGCUAAGCUAAGCUAAGCUAAGCUAAGCUAAGCUAAGCUAAUACUUCAAGGAAAUUCUUCAAGAAUUUCUCUAGGGAUUCCCUUCAGGAAUUCUUACAGGGAUACCUCGAGGGCUCCAUCCAGUGAUAACUUCAAUGCUUUCCAGAGAAUAGGUACCAAGAAUUCUUCUAAGGAUCCUUCCGAGAAUACGUCAAUUGACAUAACCCUCUCUUUGGUGAUUUUAUGCAGUAUAUUUAGGGAAAUUCCGGCAAAGAUGUACCCCAAACAAUACAGCUGAAUUUUUAUUCUUGGAGGACGUUUAAGAAGAGAUCAUUGAACAGGUUUCCAUUAUGUUCUGCCAGAGAAAAUGUUUAACAAAAUCAUGCAGAAAAUUCUGAAUUGAUCAGAAAAAAAAUCUUAAUUUCCUAAAGAGUUCAGCUAUGAUUUCUUACAAAUGUUUUGUAGAUAUGUAUUGGCUUCAGAAUAAAUAAUGCACCUGUAAAGAAUACUCCAUAAUCUUCCAGAAAUUGGCCACUACUACCAUCACCAUGCUCAUUUAUGUAGAGCUGGCAAGCUUUUUUCAACGUAUUGCAAAAAUACAAAAUCGUGACUGCUGAAGAAUUAAUAAAACAUAAAUUUCUGCUAUAUUUUGUAGCUCACUCGCUGAGUUCGUUUUCGCCAAAGCUCCAAUGAUAAUUCCUAGCAGAGUCUCUGGUAUGAUCUUUGGAGGAAUUGCUGGUCGAUUAUCAUAUUUUUACUGCUAGGGAGGUUUCUUACUGCCUCCUCAAAGAAUUUUUGACAAAGCUUACUGGAUUCUAAAAACAUUGUCGAAUACUCUCUUCUUUUCGUAACAUUUUGCAAUAAAUAAACCAGAAUUUCAUGAACCACGUCAUAAAAUAAAUUAAACGAUCGAUAAAAAAUUGGGAACGAACCCCAAAAAAUAAAAAAAAAAUGAUCCAUAGAAAAUUGGAAAUAUAAGAAACGAUCCUUAAAAUUGGGGAAAUAAUUCAUAAAAACCCAAAUUAAUCCACCUAGUGGUGAUAGUGCCUUUCUCGUCGAAUAUGUUCUCACAAUCUUUCCGUCGACAUAAGUCAAAGUGUUCCUGAAUCCGGAUAUUUUUUAAAGAAAAGCAAUAAUUUUAUCAAAGCUAUCUUUGAAUUGACUUGAAACUUAUUGAUGACACAUAGUCCGACGUUAUGUUCAACGUAUACGCAGGGCUGAAUAAUAUCAGACUUCUCAGUUGACUGCUUGAGCACCUUCACUAACACUGGAGGCUGAUCAACAUCAAGACGAUACUAACAAGCUAAGAUAUAACUGUUUACACAAUCACAGAUCACUUUGCGGUCUUCGACAAAGUUUUCUCUGCACAUUUUAGGCUUUAUUUUAUUGACCGUCGAAAACAAGAACGAUAGGUAGUGAGUAUAGUGAGACGUCUGUUUGUAUGUGGGUUUAAUUUGUCAAGAUUUUGUUCUCUUACACAUAUUUAUCGCUUGCAUUGAUUUUAUUUACUUUCGUAGUUCCGGCGAAGCACCAAACGCUGGUUGUGCAACCCUACUGGUAGGCUCUAAUGUGGUAUGAGCUUAUUUUCUAGUUAAUCGUUCCUCGGGUUAUUCAAAAAGCCGUGAUGUGAUGUACAUUUAAUUACUUUCGAUGUGGUACCGGAAUAGGUCCCGGUGCACUACCGGGUUUCCCAAAUAGUGCAGCUGCUACUUCCGAAAGUUCAAAUUUGGUGCUAUCUGACACCUGAUCCGUUUGGUGAUCAACCGCAGUGAACUUUGGAAGCCAACAAUCGUAAAAUGAACAAGCUAUCAAUUCGUAUCACCUCAAUAUCUGUAGGAUUUGUGUUCAAAAACAAAUCCUAGCAUCUAAACAAAAACUAAAAUAGAGUUAGUUUAUCGAAUUAGAAGUUUACCCAGGUAAUUUGACAGCAAUCAUUGCCGAAUUAGCAUGGUUUUAUGGUACCACACUCAUGGGUUUGGUUCAAUUUCAUAUUUUACUACUUUCUAAGUCACUUUCGGUUCACAAUAUACCACUUAUCGAUUGUCCCUGAUGUGGUCUUUGACUAGUUUUAUGCAAAUUGUUAAUCAGUUUACCUAGAAAGUCGCCAAUUGAUGUACCGUAUACAUGGGUGUGGUUCAUUUAUGCAUUUCGCCAGUUCGGGCGAGACACUCGAAACUGGUUCCGAAACACUAACGGUAGUCUUAAAUGCGGCCUGAGGCUAUUUUCUUGCUGACCGAUCUUCGCGUUAUCGAAGAAGCCGUUAUUAAUUUUGUGCUGCGUGCAUGCGUUUGGUUCCGUUCUACAUUUGACCACUUCAGGCCGGCCACCUGGAACCGGUUUCGGCACACUAUUGAUUUUCCAAAGUGUGGUCUAUGCUUGUUUUUCUUGUUAACCGUACAUCAGGUUACCUGAAAAGUCAUUUAAUGUGUCGCAUUUAUAGGUUUGGUUCUCCUUUACGUUUGCCCUCUUCCGAUGGGGCACCCGUAAUCGGUUGUGGAGCACUACCAGUUGUCCCAAAUAUGGCAAAUCUUCUUUUUUGCCAAAUCAGAUACCUAAAAAUUCACGAUUCAUGAUGCAAUAUAUGGGUUUGGUUCAUUUUUUUAUUUGGCCAUUUCCGGCGGGACACCUGGAACCGGUUCCGGAUCACUACUGGUUCCGAUAUGUUCUGAGAAUAUUUUCCUGCAUACUGUUCAUCAGAAUAUCAAAAAAGCCACUAUUUGAUGUGUCGCAUGCAUGAGUUUGGUUAACUUUUAUACUUGGCCACCUCCGGCGGGACAUCUGAAACCGGUUCCGGAACACUACUGGUUCCGAUAUGGUCUGGGAAUGCUUUCCUGCUUACUGUUCAUUGGUUAUCGAAAAAGCCGCGGUAUGAUAUGUCGCAUGCAUGGUUCUGCUUCAAUUUUAUAUUUGGCCACUUUCGGCGGGACACCCGGAACCGGUUCCGGAACACAACCGGUUCAAAUAUGGUCUGACAAUAUUUUCCUGUUUACCGUUCACCAGGAUGUCAGAAAAGCCACUAUUUGAUAUGUCACAUGCGAGGGUUUGGUUAACUUUUAUGCUUGGCCACCUCCAGCGGGACAUCUGGAACCGGUUGUGGAAUACUACCGGUUCGGAUAUGGUCUGAGAAUGUUUUCUUUCUUACUGUUCAUGAGGUUAUCGGAAAAGCUCGGUUUGAUAUGUCGCCUGCAUGGGUUUAAAGCACUUUUAUGUUUAGCCACUUCCGGCGGGACACCCGGAACCGGUUCCGGGACACUACCGGUUCAGAUAUGGUCUGAGACCAUUUUUCUGCUUACCGUAAUCAAGUUAUCAAAAAUGCCGUAGUUCAGGGGUUCUCAAACUUUUUCAGCUUGCGACCCACUUUCGAUUUUUAAAGAAUUUGGCGACCCACCAGAGCGUAUUUUCAUAAAAUAACUCAUUUUUGUAAAUUUGGACUGACUUUUCAAUAAAUACAUUUUAUCACUUCCAUUGGCUUUGGAUCAACAAACGUUACGUAAGUAGUAAAUAGUUUUUUUUUGUAACUAUUGUACUGUUUCUGUUUUUUUUGAAAACUCCAAGUAAGAUUAAGGUACCCAAGUGUCCAGUUUCGGUAAACUCUUAGUCUAAAGAAGUUUUCAAGUUUUCAAUCAAGACUGACUUUAAGCAGCACUACAAAACAGGUUUUUGGUUUUCUCUCACAUAUUCUAAAAAUAAACGAAAUAAAAAAUAUUUAUACAAAUUCUUUGAUGAUGUAGUAGCAGUUUUGUAAUUCUGCAGAACUUUUUUUUUUACUUAAUCAUGCGCCAACAGGCAUAACGGAGCCUAUCUGCAGAACUUCUGCAGAACUGCUUCUCAGCUUAGUGUUCUAUGAGCACUUUCACAGUUAUUAACUGAGAGCUUCCUCUGCCAAUGACCAUUUUGCAUGCGUAUAUCGUGUGGCAGGCACGAAGAUACUCUAUGCCCAAGGAAGUCCAGGAAAUUUCCUUUACGAAAAGAUACUGGACCGACCGGGAAUCGAACCCGUCACCCUCAGCAUGGUCAUGCUGAAUACCCGUGCGUUUACCGCCUCGGCUAUAUGGGGGUCAGACACACUUAUUAUAUUUAUAUUUUUAUUGCAAUCAUUUUUCAGUUGUUCUGAUUUCUGCGAAAGUUCGGAUUAUCGAUACCCAUCAGAAUUUUUCCGAAGUUAACCUUUACUUAAGUUCGGUAAAGUUUAGGUUUGUCUAAGUUUGGUAAUUUUCUGCUGGUUUUUGAUAAAUCAUUUUUUUUAUAUUUUAACUGCUGAACUUGGUAGGUAUGUAAAUAUCUAACUGACAAUGAUUUCAUAACACAGAAAGAGACAUCGCACUUCUAAAAAUAACUCUGUCGAUUUUCCAAGGGCGUAUUUGUACAUUACACAAUGGCUAGCUGACAUAAGAUAAUUAAGACCGUGACGAGAGUUUCGACUGGAAAUUUGUUGAAUAUUUUAACUGGCUUUCUCAGUCUGGGGAAAUUCAAAACGACUAGUUUUGUAUUGCCCGACGUUUCGGCCUUGUUUAUUUGGCCUUUUUCAAGGGUAAACUAAAAUAGAGUAUACAUUUUUGGUAUUACAACAUAGAACAGAAAACAUAACAUAAAACUACACCUACACUGUCUGUCGUUCUUCGUUACAUUUAUAUAUGCCGCAAUUUUCAUGUUGGGCUUCUUGUAUGCCUGGAUUUUGUAAAUAACACUUAUUAGGGACAUUUAACAUUUUUUACCAUAUUCAAAAACUUACGAAAUAACUAUUUGAUUUUGUUUGGGGACACUGGACUGGACACACCUAUUAUCAACGACCUGGACUGUACGAUUACAAAAUGAUAUUCUACGGUUGAUUAAAAGAUGGCGGGUAAGGCAAGGUGGAGCUUUCGUGCAGUUGGAUAAAGUUUUUGGCUUUAUCGUACUUUGGACUUGUUCUAAAACUAAUGGUGGGUGUUGUGUGUACUAUUUCUAAGUUGUUCUCUGCGAGAGUUGGUUGUUUUAAUUGUGUGCAAUAUGCCAGCGUAGGCAGUAUUGAGUCCAUCUACAUCGGUGCGGAAAUUUAUAGUAUUGGAUGUGUUUUGUAUAUGGCACAUUUCCAAUAUUGAUAGAGCGGUGGAUCGGAGAGUGCGAUGGACUCAAUACUGCCUACGCUGGCAUAUUGCACACAAUUAAAACAACCAACUCUCGCAGAGAACAACUUAGAAAUAGUACACACAACACCCACCAUUAGUUUUAGAACAAGUCCAAAGUACGAUAAAGCCAAAAACUUUAUCCAACUGCACGAAAGCUCCACCUUGCCUUACCCGCCAUCUUUUAAUCAACCGUAGAAUAUCAUUUUGUAAUCGUACAGUCCAGGUCGUUGAUAAUAGGUGUGUCCAGUCCAGUGUCCCCAAACAAAAUCAAAUAGUUAUUUCGUAAGUUUUUGAAUAUGGUAAAAAAUGUUAAAUGUCCCUAAUAAGUGUUAUUUACAAAAUCCAGGCAUACAAGAAGCCCAACAUGAAAAUUGCGGCAUAUAUAAAUGUAACGAAGAACGACAGACAGUGUAGGUGUAGUUUUAUGUUAUGUUUUCUGUUCUAUGUUGUAAUACCAAAAAUGUAUACUCUAUUUUAGUUUACCCUUGAAAAAGGCCAGAUAAACAAGGCCGAAACGUCGGGCAAUACAAAACUAGUCGUUUUGACUAGACGUUUUGACAGACUGAGAAAGCCAGUUAAAAUAUUCGAUAAUUAAGACUUUUAUUACAAUAUUGCCCAAGCCUUCGCGACCCACCAAAAAUCAGCCCGCGACCCACCAGUGGGUCGCGACCCAUAGUUUGAGAAACGCUGCCGUAGUUUGAUGUGUCGCAUGGAUGGGUUUGUAGCGUCAUUUGAGUUUUUUGUACACACACACACAGACAUCACCUCAAUUCGUCGAGCUGAGUUGAUUAGAUUACGUGACUCGACCCUCCGGGCCUCCUAUCAAAAAGUCAUUUUUGGAGUGAACAUAUAGCCUUUCCAGUUAGUACACUUGGUGUACGAGAAAGGCAAAAAUGAUCCAAUAAAACCAUGGAUGAUUUUCUCGUUAAAUUUCCACAAUUGGUUUAUGGAUCAUUUACUAAAUUUUAUGAUUCAUUUCUAAAAUUUUAUGGAUCGCUUAAAAAAUUGUUAUGUAUUAUUUUCUAUGUUCUAUGGAUCGUUUUCAUAUUUUCUAUGGAUCAUUUUCUAUUUUUUUAGGGAUCGUUUCCUAUUUUCUAUGGAUUAUUCUUGAUAUGAUCAACCAUUUCAAGGAGCAGUUUAUGAAAUUCUGGAUUUUUAUUGAUUUACAAAAGGAAGGGAGCAUUCAAAAAUGUUUCAUGGAUCCAAAUGACUGCUUUAUGGUUUUCUGGUAUGCUUCUAUGGAAUAUUGAAAAGUUGUCAAUUGAUCAUUUACUAAUUUGUCAUAGAUCGUUUUAUAAGUUUAACGGCGCAAACAUUGUAGCAACCCAAUGUUUGCGCCGUUAAACUAAUAAAACGAUGUAUCAUGCUUAUUUCUAUAUAAAAUUUUUGAAAAAAAAAAUUAAAAUUUUUCUUCGGAGAUCUUAAAAGAAUUGCAGAAGUAUUCUUGUUUAUUGUUGCCGAAAAUUUUCGGAAAUAUUUUAAAGAAUUUCUACCGUAACUUAAUUUUAACAGUUUUUGGGAGGAAACUCCAUUAACAAGAAUAUUUCUGCAAUUCUUCUAAGAUCUCCGAAGAAAUUCUUCAAAAUAUAUCCAAAAAUUUUAUACAGAGAUUAGCUUCAAUAUUCAACAUUUUGAAUAUUCAUUCUACAGAAUUUUGGAGAUUCUGAAGAUUUCAGGCGAAGAUUCAUUCGGUUCGGGAUUUAUGAUAGCAUAUAUUGUGCUAUUGAAACGAGUAUUAACUUGCUUGAAAUGAAGAAAAAAAAAAGAAGAAAAAAAUGAUACAUAUCCAAUUUUGGAGGAAGUUGGAAGUUUCUCGAAAGUUGCUGGAGCAUGUGCUGGAGUCUUUUCAAUUAGAAUCACGCCAUAUUACAAGCAUCUUGCCAGUAGACAGUUAUUUGAAGUUCUCAUAUGAUAAAUAAUCAAAUCAGAAGAUCUUUUAAUCGUGGAGUGAUAGGGAAGAGGGCCUCUCUAAAAAAAAAACACCCCUCCUAAAUCCGGCCCUGUAUGGACCAUUCGAAACCUCACGUUUCCCCUAAUGUUUUGCAACAGCACUUCAGUGAAGAUCAAUUAGGAAUGUCUCCUUUGUUCCAUUGUCCGUUGAUAAACAAGUCAUUUGUCAUACAAACAUUCUACACACUCAAAUCAAAAACAAUAAUGUGCUAACAACGAUGGCUUUGUAUUUUGUAGUAUACAAAAUACUUACACUACCUACAUGAAAGCCUUGAGGCCACACAUUUUUAUAUGGAAAAUCAUACAUAUUUUUAUAGUAUAGAUUAAUACCAAAUAUCGUUGCUAGAUUUCAGCAAACCGAGCUCGUGGAGUUAUACUGAACCGAUAUGUGUAUGAAUGUAACUACAUACUGACCUAGGGCAUUGUACCGUCAAUAUACUCAUUGACGGAUUUAUACAGGGAUAUGUAUUUUUGUAAAUAUAGUUUGUAGUGAAAUAGAUUUUAAUUCCAAAGCUGUAGCUGUAAUUCCGCAAUUGCAAACUUUCAGCAAAGUCAGACCAAUUUGAUGUUCCAUUUGAGAGAAAAAAUCAAGUGAUAACGAGUCCAUUCCAGUGAGAAAAUAAGAAAUUUAAAAUCACGAGCUUAUAUGGUAAAUUUACCACCAGAUGUGUAUAUAUUUUCGUACGGAAAUUUGUGUAUACAUUACAUGAACGAGAUGGUGAGUCGCGUUUUUAAAAGGAUACCGUUUUUUUUUGUAUAGCAGACAAUUGUAUUUAUCUAUGUGAAAACAUCAAUGUAGACAUAAAGCUGAAUGAAAAGAUCCCGCCGUAAUUCAAA